UUAAUAGCUUCACUCAGCAAAAUCUCGUAAUACCCAUUUGAUUCAAAUCUUCGAUCCCCGUUCUGCGUUCCAAAUGGCCUCCGCCACCGCUUCUUCCACCGCACUUUUUGCAGCUCCGGUCGCCCUCAAAGUUUCUCCGGCCAAGCUUUCAUCUUCUUCUACCACUCUGAAACCUUAUAACAACACCAUCAAAAAUGGUUCUUUUCUCUCCCUCGCCGCCGCCCCUUCCAAAAGAUCCCUUUUUGCCGUCAAGAACCAAUCCGAAUCAUCUUCUUCUUCAAUGGCAAAUCCUAAUAAGGAGAUUCAAGAGCUUUAUGUGUACGAGAUCAACGAGCGCGAUCGCCGGAGCCCGGCGUAUCUCCGGCUUAGCUACAACAAGGUGAACUCCCUCGGCGACUUCGUCCCCUUCACCAACAAGCUCUACUCCGGCGACUUGCAGAAGCGGGUCGGGAUCACCGCCGGAAUCUGCAUUCUGAUCUCCCACGAGGAGGCGAAGGGCGGCGACCGUUACGAGGCGGUCUACAGCUUCUACUUCGGAGAUUACGGGAGCCUCGCCGUGCAGGGACCGUACCUGACUUACGAGGAGUCUUAUCUGGCCGUCACCGGCGGGACGGGGAUCUUUGAAGGGGUUUCCGGGCAGGUGAAACUGCAGCAGCUGGUCUACCCGUUCAAGCUCUUUUAUACGUUUUACUUGAAGGGUAUUAAGGAUUUGCCGGCGGAGUUGACCGGUAGCCCUGUUCCUCCGACGCCGACCGUUGAGCCUUCUCCGGCGGCCAAGGCUUGUGAGCCCGGAGCUACAAUUCCUAAUUUCACCAAUUAGGUCGUUCUAUCUGUUUUUUGUAUUUUUUUUUUUUUUGCGAUCAGCAAAAAGUCAUUCAAGAAUUUUAACUUAUUAUUGCUGCCUACCUUAGGAGGAUAAAUAAAUUGGAGGCCACCUU